GAUUUCUGAUUCCUCCAUUGAGCUAAUGUCUAAUCGAUUCUUUGUGAUCUCUCUCGUUUUUUGGUUUUCAAUUUCAGUUUUUUUUUCAACAUGAGUAAUCAGAAAAAGAGAAAUUUCCAGAUUGAAGCGUUUAAGCAACGAGUCGUCGUUGAUCCAAAAUACGCCGAUAUAACUUGGAAGAUUCUCGAACAUGCGAUUCAUGAGAUUUACAAUCACAACGCUAGUGGUCUCAGUUUCGAAGAAAACGCAUACAACAUGGUUCUACAUAAGUAUGGUGAUAAGCUUUAUAAUGGACUUGUUACCACUAUCACAUUUCAUCUCAAAGAGAUAUGUAAGUCUAUUGAAGAAGCUCAGGGAGGUGCUUUCUUAGAAUUGAUUAAUAGGAAAUGGAAUGAUCACAACAAAGCUUUGCAAAUGAUUAGGGAUAUUGUAAUGUAUUUGGAUCGGACUUACGUUUCUAGUACUAAGAAAACUCAUGUUCAUGAGCUUGGACUUCAUUUGUGGAGAGAUAAUGUUGUGUAUUCGAGUAAGAUUCAGACUAGGCUUUUGAAUACGCUUCUUGAUUUAGUUCAUAAGGAACGGACCGGUGAAGUUAUAGAUAGGUUGUUGAUGAGGAAUGUGAUUAAGAUGUUUAUGGAUUUGGGUGAAUCUGUGUAUCAGGAGGAUUUCGAGAAGCCGUUUUUGGAAGCUUCUGCUGAGUUUUACAAGGUUGAGUCGCAGGGGUGUAUUGAGUCUUGUGAUUGUGGUGAUUAUUUGAAGAAAGCGGAGAAGCCUUUAGUGGAAGAAGUCGAAAGGGUUGCUCACUAUUUGGAUGCCAAGAGCGAAGCGAAGAUUACUAGUGUGGUUGAAAGAGAGAUGAUUGCUAACCACGUGCAGAGACUAGUUCAUAUGGAGAAUUCAGGUUUGGUUAAUAUGCUUUUGAAUGAUAAGUAUGAGGAUAUGGGUAGAAUGUACAGUUUGUUCCGCAGGGUUGCCAAUGGUCUUGUUACGGUUAGAGAUGUUAUGACUUUGCAUCUUAGGGAGAUGGGAAAACAGCUGGUUACUGAUCCAGAGAAAUCAAAGGAUCCCGUUGAAUUUGUGCAGCGUCUAUUAGAUGAGCGGGAUAAGUAUGACAAAAUUAUCAACAUGGCAUUCAACAACGAUAAGACGUUCCAGAAUGCGCUGAAUUCUUCGUUUGAGUAUUUCCUUAAUUUGAACACCCGUUCUCCUGAGUUUAUCUCCCUGUUUGUUGAUGAUAAACUACGAAAAGGACUAAAAGGUGUGGGGGAGGAGGAUGUGGAUCUUAUUCUUGAUAAGGUGAUGAUGUUGUUUCGCUAUUUACACGAGAAAGACGUUUUUGAGAAUUACUACAAACAGCAUCUGGCGAAAAGGCUUUUAUCUGGAAAAACUGUGUCGGAUGAUGCUGAGAGGAAUCUGAUAGUGAAACUGAAGACAGAAUGUGGGUACCAGUUCACUUCGAAACUGGAAGGUAUGUUCACUGACAUGAAGACCUCACACGACACGCUGCUAGGAUUUUAUAAUAGCCAUCCCGAGCUUUCAGAAGGACCAACACUUGUCGUUCAGGUUCUCACAACCGGUUCUUGGCCCACACAGCCAACCAUACAGUGUAACCUACCUGCAGAAGUUUCUGUUCUGUGUGAGAAGUUCAGGUCAUAUUACCUCGGGACUCACACCGGCAGGAGAUUAUCUUGGCAAACCAAUAUGGGAACAGCAGAUAUCAAAGCAGUGUUUGGAAAGGGUCAGAAGCAUGAACUAAACGUUUCGACUUUCCAAAUGUGUGUCCUUAUGUUGUUCAACAACUCUGAUCGACUAAGCUACAAAGAGAUCGAACAGGCAACUGAAAUCCCCACCUCAGACCUAAAGCGUUGCUUGCAGUCAAUGGCGUGUGUAAAAGAACCUGAGAAGCAAGAGACAAGACAGAGAGUAGAAGAAGACAGAAAACCUCAGAUCGAAGCAGCUAUCGUGAGGAUCAUGAAGGCAAGACGAGUGUUGGAUCACAACAACAUUAUCGCAGAGGUCACCAAACAGUUGCAGUCGCGGUUCUUGGCAAACCCAACAGAGAUAAAGAAGAGAAUUGAAUCGCUCAUUGAGCCAGUUUCUAGAAUUGUGGAGAACUGGAGAGAGCAUCCUCCAUCUUCUUAUUCCCUCAAGAUUCAAAACUUCUCCCAACUUGAGAACUCCACUGCCUCCUCUGAUCAUAAAUACCAGUCUCGUCUUUUCUCCUCUGGUGGAUAUAACUGGAGAUUGAUCCUUUAUCCGAAAGGGAACGUAAAGGACAAUGGGAGUGGCUUUAUUUCGAUGUACGUGGAAUUAGACAACACAAGCUUGAUGGAAUCCAUACCACAAACUCAAGUGUUUGCUGAACUUCGUUUCUUUGUAUACAACAAGAAAGAAAACAAGUAUUUUACUAUUCAAGAUGUAGAAGUAAAGCGGUUCAAUGCACUUAGAAUGGUGUGGGGAUUGUUCCAAGUUCUUCCAUAUGAUACAUUCAUUAACCCUGAAAAUGGAUACAUCUUCGAGGGAGGUGAAUGUGAGUUUGGUGUUGAUGUCCUUGUUGCUCCACCCCUUACUAGUUGGGAAAUCCUCUCUUUUGAUGACAAACUCUCUCAUCCCAAAUUCUCUUGGACUGUUAAGAAUUUUUCUGACUUGAAAGAAGAUGUUUACACAUCAAACAAAUUUUCCAUGGGAGGCAAGGAAUGGGUUCUAAAGCUGUAUCCAAAGGGUUACUCUAUCGCAGAUUGCAAAUAUUUAUCCCUUUAUCUGCAUUUAGCUGAUAGUGAAACACUAAAGCCAGAUGAGAAGAUUUUCAAGCAAGGACAUGUGCGAGUUCUUGACCCGCUUGGAUCCAGUCACGUCGAAAAACAAUCGAGCCGCUGGCACAAGGAAUCAAGCAGGGCUUGGGGUUGGGAUCAGUUUAUGUCUUUAGCUGAUCUUCGGAAGACUUACUUGGACAAAGAAGAUGCGUUGACUGUUGAAAUCGAAUUCAAAAUUCACAACUUCUCACAACUUGAGAAUUCUACUGCCUUCUCUGAUCAUAAAUACCAAUCUCGUCUUUUCUCUUCUGGUGGAUAUAACUGGAGAUUGAUCAUAUAUCCGAAAGGUAACGGAAAGGACAAUGGAAGUGGGUUUAUUUCUAUGUACGUGGAAUUAGACAGCACAAGCUUGACAGAAUCCACAACAACUGAAGUGUUUGCGGAACUCCGCUUCUUUGUCUACAACAAGAAACAAAACAAGUACUUUACUAAAGAUGUUAAGAUAAAGCGGUUCAGUGCACUUAAAAUGGCGUGGGGAUUGCGAAAAAUUCUUCCAUGUGAUACAUUCAUUAACAUCGAAAAUGGAUACAUCUUCGAGGGAGAUGAAUGUGAGUUUGGUGUUGAUGUCAUUGUUUCUUCACCUCUUACCAAUUGGGAAAUCCUCUCUUUUGAUGAGAAACUCUCUUAUCCCAAGUUCUCUUGGAGUGUUAAGAACUUUUCUCAGUUGAAAGAAAAUGAGUUUUACACAUCAAAAAGAUUCUCAAUAGGAGGAAGGGAAUGGUUUCUAGAGCUGUAUCCGAGGGGAAACUCUAGAGCAAAUGGCAAAUUUUUAUCCGUUUAUCUUUAUUUAGCUGAUAGUGAAACACUAAAACCAGAUGAGAAGAUUUUCACGCAAGUACAUGUGCGAGUUCUAAACCCGCUUGGAUCCAAUCACGUGACAGCCCAAUCGCUCUCGUCUUUGGAGAGUUAUAGAUUACAUUCAAAGGUUGAAGAAGAAGAGAAGAAUCUUGUAUCGAAAUCUUCCGUUGUGAAAGGUGUUCUUGUUCAACAGGUUGUUCAAGCUGUUGUCGCUAUCCUUUUGUUCACGGUGACAGGAAGUGAUGCCGAAGCAGACAAAGCGCAACAGUUUUCCCUGUUGGUCUUAGCCAGACAGUUUGUGACGGCCAUGAUAGUCCUCGACACAUGGCAGUACUUCAUGCAUCGAUAUAUGCAUCACAACAAGUUCUUAUACAAACAUAUCCACUCUCAACACCACCGUCUUAUCGUCCCUUAUGCAUAUGGAGCGUUAUACAACCACCCAGUGGAAGGUCUUCUCUUGGAUACUGUUGGAGGCGCCUUAUCUUUCCUAGUCUCUGGUAUGUCUCCAAGAACUUCCAUCUUCUUCUUCUCUUUCGCCACAAUCAAGACUGUGGACGACCAUUGCGGUCUCUGGCUUCCUGGAAACUUAUUCCAUAUGGUCUUCAAGAACAACUCUGCUUACCACGAUAUCCAUCAUCAGCUGUAUGGAACCAAAUACAAUUUCUCUCAGCCUUUCUUUGUUAUGUGGGAUCGGAUUCUGGGAACUUACAUGCCUUAUUCCCUCGAGAAAAGAGAAGAUGGAGGAUUCGAAGCACGCCCGACUAAAGAAUUCAAAGACGAUUAAAGAUUUUGGAGUUUGGAUAUAUGUUAUGUGUCUGCCCUGAGGUUGGAUAAUGGAUGAUACUUUGUGUUAUUGGAGGUGUAGUUUUAAAUCAGAAACAGAACUGGUUUGCGUUUUGCGUUUCUUCUCAAGAGCGAAUUUAGCUUUGAGAUUUGUAUAUAAACAUUAUUGAGUUGU